AUGGCUGAUAAUGAAAGAAUAAAAUGGAUGAAUAUUGCAUUAUCAAAAGCUGAAGAAUCAUUUAAAGCUGGUGAAGUACCAGUUGGUUGUAUAUUUAUUUAUAAAAAUGAAAUAAUUGCAUCUGGUAAUAACACAGUUAAUGAAACUAAAAAUGCAACUCGUCAUGCUGAAAUAAUUUGCAUUGAUGAAGUUAUAAAUUAUUGUCAAAUAAAUAAACUUGAUUAUCAACAAGUUUUUAAUGAUAUUGAUGUUGUUGUUACUGUUGAACCAUGUAUAAUGUGUGCUGCAGCACUUCAUCAGCUACAAGUUAACAGUAUCAUUUAUGGUUGUCAGAAUGAUCGUUUUGGUGGAUGUGGAAGUGUCCUUGAAGUGUCUGGUAUUUAUCAAUCUAGUGUUAAAAUAAUUAGUGAUGUCAAGGGUGAUGAAGCAAUGAGUUUACUCAAAAAUUUUUACAAAGGAGAUAAUCCAAAUGUACCAGUUGACAAAAUUAAAAAAGGUCGAAAAAAAAAGGAUUGA